AAUCAUAUUAUACCAAAGUCUGUCUCGUCUUUAUUCUCUCUCAAAUGAAAAAUGUCUUCUUACGAAAUCUCUCACAUUGAUUUGGAAAAUGGUUCCGGCGAGCGUCAUUACCGUCGAAGUGACGUCAGCGGAGAAGACAGUUCUUCUUGUGAUUACGACUAUGAUUUUCACUCAGCUGUUCGUAGCUUUUGCGGUGAGUUUGAGAUUGCUGAUGACUUGGACGACCACUCAGUAUCAGCCUCAGAAUCAGAACCUUCUGAUUCAAUCGGAGUGUCUGAUGAGAAAGAUUGCCGGAUUUGCCAUUUGGGCUUAGAGAGUAGUCGCCACUCGCCAUGAAUGUGGAGAUCCAAUGGUUCUUGGAUGUUCUUGUAAAGAUGAUUUGGGUUAUGUUCAUAAGCAAUGUGCCGAUACUUGGUUCAAGAUCAAGGGUAAUAAGUAAGCAAACUAAAA